AUGGCCGAGCUGGGGCCAGAGCCGGGCCGCGCGUGGCGGGUGCUGGCCCUGUGCGGGGCAGCGGUGUUCCUGGCAGCCGCGGCAGCCGGGGCGGCCCUGCUGGCCUGGAAUCUGGCCUCCUCGACCUCCCGGGGACCUCGCUGCCCACAGCCAGGGGCCAACGCCACGGCGCCCCCCGUGGACCUGGCGCCUGAGCUCGAGGAACUGCGGCGACGGCUGGCAGAGGCGACCCAGCACGAGGAGGCUCUGGCCAGACAGCUAGACCAGGUCAACCGAGUCGGUCGGGAGCUGGAGGAGGCACUGAGGGCCUGUCAGGGCCGCCAGAGCCGGCUUCAGACCCAACUGAUGACCCUGAAGACUGAGAUUGAAGAGGCCAAGGCACAGGGGACCCAGAUGGGGGCUGAGAACGGGGCGCUCACAGAAGCCCUGGCGCGCUGGGAGGCGGCGGCCACGAAGUCUGCGCGGAGGUUGGACGAGGCACAGCAGCGCGCACGCGCGGCCGAGGCCGAAGCCGAAGCUUGCGCAGCCAGGGAGGCGGCGCUGCGCGAACGCGCGUGA